UAAAGAUUUUAGCAGAAGGUCGAGGAGAGCUGCUGCUCCUGUUCCUGCUCCCUCGCAUUCAAAGCCGUCGCCUUUUUGCGCGUCCGUUAAUGGGUUUUCGACCAACUUCUCAGAGGGACCUUGAAGUGAAUCAAGUCUAAUUCUUUUCCAAACCAAGACAUGUGGGCAUCUUCUGAUGUCUUGUGGGGAACCAGAAUUCAAUAUUCUGUGCUGCCAUUUUCGCCAAGCCAGCAAUGUAGAAGAUGUACGGGAAAGUCCAAACCUCGAAACAGGAGAAAACCGGUAUUUCAGUCAUGGAUGGGGAAUAGGACUCGGCGAUUCCUCCUUCCUGCUUUACGAAGAGAUGAUGAAAAGAUUGCAAGAUGUUCUGCAAGUUACUACUUGGCAUCCAACUUGUUCUUUGGUGAUUGCCAUAUCUCUCCCUCUCGUAUUCCAAGGAAUUCACAUGUUACUGGAGCUUUCCAAGUAAGCGACCAGGUUGUGGAGGAACCUUGGCUAAUGCAGCCGUCCCUUGUCUCUCACCAUUUUGAUGAUACAUGUACUUCAAGUGAUAUUGGUAAUGAAAGUGAGAAAUUGAACUGCUCGAAUGGUAGUGUUCAGAACUCGGAAACGUUAAAUGAAUCCAGCCAUGGUGGGGAUUCCAGUAAGUAUACUUAUAAUGUGAAUGGAAUGGAUAUCUUGGAACAGUCUGAUUCUUUAUUAACGAAUUAUAUGGUUGAGGAGCCCUGGAUUUUUGAAUCUGUAUGCUCUAGAGUCAAGGAGGCUUCAGGCGUGCUCAGGAGCGAGUUGGGUAAUGAUGAGGUUACUCAGAUUGCACUCAGUGAACCGCAUCAGCCCACAACACCUGAGAAUCUGGUGCACGAGGAAGAAAAUAAUGAGACGACAAAGGAGGACUCUGUUUCCACCGUCAUAUUGAUCAAUUCUUCGAUAUGCACCGUUCAAAGGAUUGCUGUACUAGAAAAUAAUAAACUUGUUGAACUAUUGUUGGAGCCUGUGAAAAACAAUGUUCAGUGUGAUAGUGUAUAUCUAGGAGUAGUGACAAAACUCGUACCUCAUAUGGGUGGUGCAUUUGUAAAUAUUGGCAGUCCAAGGCCAUCUUUUAUGGAUAUAAGGCCCAAUAAAGGACCAUUUGUAUUUCCUAAAUUCUGUGGCCCUAUGGAGGAAACAGAGGUAAUAAGCUCCACAUCUGAUAAACCUGAAGAGCAUGUUGAUUUUCCUGAAAAUGGAGCCUUAUCUACUGCAGUAGAAGAGCUAGAUGAGGAGGAUGACGACCAAAGCGAAGAUGAAUUGGUCAAUGACGAGUUUGAACUUCAUGGGAAUCAGGCUAAUUUUGAUGUGUUAGAUAUCUUAAAGGAAAAUCUGAAUGGUAGCAUAGUCGAGCAUGGAGUUGACGUUGAAAAACCCAAGUUUGGAAAACAUCUGAAUGGAGAGGCUGAGCAGCUGCAGAGUAGAAGCCAACCCCAGGAUGCCAGCAUUAAGAUUAAAGAGAAUAAAUGGGAACAAGUUAAAAGGGGCUCUAAGAUAAUUGUACAAGUUAUUAAGGAAGGAUUGGGUACAAAAGGCCCCACGUUAACGGCUUAUCCAAAGUUGCGAAGCAGAUUCUGGGUACUGAUGACUUGCUGCAAAACAAUAGGAAUUUCGAAGAAAAUUUCUGGUGUUGAGCGAACACGAUUACGACUUAUAGCCAAAACUUUGCAACCACCUGGGUUCGGGCUCACUGUAAGGACUGUUGCUUCUGGUCAUUCACUGGAGGAAUUGCAGAGAGAUUUGGAAGGCCUCCUAUCAACGUGGAAAAACAUAGUUGAUGAUGGAAAAUCUGCUGCUCUUGCUGCAGAUGAAGGUGUUGAAGGAGCUGUUCCUGUUAUGCUGCAUAGGGCAAUGGGCCAAACACUUUCAGUAGUUCAAGAUUAUUUUAAUGAGAAGGUGGAAAGCAUGGUAGUUGAUUCUCCACGGACUUACCACGAGGUCACCAACUAUCUUCAAGAUAUAGCUCCGGACCUUUGCGACCGAGUUGAGUUAUACAGCGAAAGGACCCCCCUCUUUGAUAAAUACAAUAUUGAGGAAGAAAUCAAUAGCAUUCUUACCAAAAGGGUUCCUCUGGAUAAUGGUGGUUAUCUAGUGAUUGAACAAACUGAGGCAUUGGUAUCUAUUGAUGUAAAUGGGGGCCAUUGUAUGCUAGGUCAAGGGACUUCACAAGAGAAAGCUAUUCUUGAAGUGAAUCUUGCAGCAGCCAAACAGAUUGCCAGAGAAUCAAGGCUCAGAGAUAUUGGUGGAAUUAUUGUUGUGGAUUUCAUUGAUAUGGUAGAUGAUUCGAAUAAGAGGCUCGUUUAUGAAGAAGUUAAGAAAGCUGUUGAAAGGGACAGAUCAACCGUGAAAGUAUCCGAAUUGUCCAGGAAUGGGCUUAUGGAAAUAACUCGAAAGCGGGUUCGACCGAGUGUUACAUUCAUGAUCAGUGAACCAUGCAUCUGCUGCCAGGCAACUGGUAGAGUGGAAGCUUUGGAGACAUCAUUUUCCAAAAUCGAGCAUGAAAUAUGUCGACUUUUAUCAACAAUGGACCAGAAAGCAGAUCCCGAGAAACCCAAAUCUUGGCCACGAUUUAUCUUAAGGGUGGAUCGACAUAUGUGUAACUAUCUGACCUCAGGAAAGAGGACACGACUAGCGGUUUUAAGUAGUUCUCUCAAAGUUUGGAUUCUCCUAAAGGUGGCUAGAGGGCUCAACCGAGGGGCAUUCGAGCUGAAACUUCUGACCGAUGAAGCCUCAGACAAGGGCCAAUGCGACAGUGCUGCAAUCUCAGUAUUGCGGCCGAAAGAAGUUUCCCCCCCAAGAGUAACCCUUUUCCCCAUAAAAAACUGGAAGACAGGUAGGAAAUGAAACGAAACAUAGCUCGAUGAAUCGCAGUUUUGUACAUGACAUUAUUUAGCAGCAGGUUUCAUGUAAAUGAUUUUGAGCAUUUACUAUCAAUCUUGAACAUUUACUUGAGAGCUUGUGAAUGUGAUUAGCAGUCA